GAGAGGCGGAAGGGGCGGUCUCGGGCGGGACGGGCCCGAGCGAGGCUGAGCAAGGCCAGAGGGGUGCGAGGGCCACGCUCCGGCUGCGGGCGGAGCGCGCGGGAGACCAUGUCCAGCGGCAGCAGCUGCAGCCAGACCCCAAGCCGGGCCAUCCCCGCCACUCGCCGGGUGGUCCUCGGCGACGGCGUGCACCUGCCUCCCGGGGACUACAGCACCACCCCCGGCGGCACGCUCUUCAGCACCACCCCGGGAGGUACCAGGAUCAUCUACGACCGGAAGUUCCUAAUGGAGUGUCGGAACUCACCUGUGACCAAAACGCCCCCGCGGGACCUGCCCACCAUUCCCGGGGUCACUAGCCCUGUGGGUGGUGAGCCCCCUACAGAAGCCGGCCAGGACCACCUGAGCAGCAGCCCAGAGGACAAGCCGGCGGGUGGUGAAGAGUCACAAUUUGAGAUGGACAUUUAAAGGGCCAGCCGUCGGAGUGCGCAAUGCCGCUGGGCCCCAGAGGCCCGUCUCGGGAGAAGAGUCACACCAGCCAGGCCUUAUGAAAGUUACCAUCCUGGGCAGGCAUCGGGUGUGGAGCCGUCAGCCCAGCCCGCUGCUUCCUCACUCAGGGCACCUGCUCCCCCUCCCCCUUCGUGGACACCAGCAGAUACCUCCGUGUGCCUCCAGCCCUGCAGGAGCUGUCACCCCGAGGGCAGUGACCUCACGCACACGCCCAGGGCCAGCAAGUGGACACGAAGGAGUCCUCCGGCUCUCCCAGCCCCCUCCUCCAGGGGGCGCACCCACCCUUUCCUUAGGUUGGUGCGUGGGAAAGCUCCCCUCCCCCUCCCUUCCCAAGAAAGGAAAUAAAAGCCACCUUCGCCCUAGGGCCAAGA